AUGAAGAAAGCUACGGCGUUGAUGAAACAGAUCGUUGCGUUUUUGAGUUCCAUUGCAAAGGCUAAAUCUAUAGCGGUAAAGAACAAGACAAGUGCCUUCAAAACAAGACUCAUGGUGUUGUCUCUCGUGAAACACAAGAAGCUCGGGUUCCGUUCCAUUUCCAACAAGAUCCACAACCUCCUAGGCCAUUCUGAUCAAGACCAAGACCAAGAUAACAGCAAGGCUAUAAUCCUCUACAACAGUGGUGCAUCCACAGUGGCUCAUCAUGAGAGUUACGACGUCGUAGAGGAGGAAAACGACAAGUAUCCUGAUCUGAGGCACACGUUGUUCGAAGGAGAUGAUGAUUUUGGGGAGUUGGAGGAAGGUUCAGUGAUAGAUAUGGUGAAGAACUCGAAGGAAGAGGAAGGAGAGAGUUUUAAGCUAGAAGAUGAGAUUGACCAUGUAGCAGAUCUCUUCAUUUCGAGGUUUCAUAAGCAGAUGAAGCUUCAGAAACUCUUGUCCUUCAAGAGGUAUCAAGAAAUGCUAGCCCGAGGCACAUAAUUGGAGUCAGAAUAGAUUCAUAUUACGAUCUUUUGCUAACGUUCAUAUUUUGUG